AUGGGUCCUGGUGCACUGGUGGCUUUCGGGCGCCGGAGGCGUGAAGACGACGGCAGCGACACGCACAGAACUCCAGCGAGGCGAUGCAGAUGCGGGGGAGACGGUAGCGGGCGGCCGGUGGCGGGCUUGAGCUCCUUGCAGCUUCCAUGGCGUUCUCCUACGAGAACAGAGAGGACGGGAGAUGCUAGAGUGAUAAAGAGAAGAGGAACCAAGGGAGGAAGGGGACAAGAGGAGAAGGGAGGCGAGGCCGGCCUGGGAGUGCUGGUCGCCGACGGCGACAUGGUCAUGGAUGAGGGGGAGGUUGCGGCCUCGGACGCCCGCGGGUGCAGGGACACGUGA